UGCACCUUCUUUUCCUUUUUUUUCACAAGGACAAAUAUCAUGGCGCCUGAUUGACAAAACCAGCACAUAACCACAUUGGAAGGAUUUAUAAUUUCUGCGUAUAAGGACUGCGUAUAUACAACCAGAGCCUCAGCGGGUUGCCCAGAACGGGACUUUGGAGAGGGUCUGGUGAAAAGGAAAAACACACCAUCACACCUCGGAUGAUCCGAACUGCACCAGGCAUGAGUCUGCCUCGGUGCAACACGCACUGACGUCUGUCGCAUUGCGCGUCAUUCACUGGACUGACCGUCUCAAAGUGUGCCGAGUUGAGGUUAACUGCCGUGGGAGAAUGACAUCUCCGCCGACCAGACUCUCCCUGUGUCUCUCUGUCCUCCGGAUCUUUGCGAUACAGGGGACGUUUGUGGAGCUCCCUCCAAAAGAUUCCAUCCGCUCCUUGGCAGAGGAGGAGACUGUCCUUCCCUGCCGCUACCAGCCAAGUGAGAGCAAUGUGGUGGUGGUGCAGGUCACGUGGUAUAAGGAGAAACCCGAUGCCACCAAGGAACAGAUCAUCACCGCACACCACAUGAAUGGACAGACCGCAUUCGGGACGUGGUCUCGACGCGUGCGCUUUAGAAGCAGUGAACCCACAGUGGACUCAUCUCUGGUCAUCAUGAGCACAGAGGUCUCUGAUGAGGGGGAGUAUAUCUGCCGCAUCAGCACCUUCCCCUCUGGCAACUUCGACAGCGAGAUGUCACUCAUCGUAUGGACCAUUCCGAUCUCCUCCCUGGACCCGGUGAUUCUGGUGGAGGGACAGUCCUACCGACAGGCCGCCUCCUGCCGCUCAAUAGCCCGCCCACCUCCCCGCCUCUCCUGGGACACCGACCUGAACGGCCAGUCCAUCAACCGCUCUUCCGACAACGGGGCGGUCUCUACGUACUACUCCCUGCAUCCGCUGAGGAGCAUGAAUGGCAAGAAGCUGGACUGUCUGGUGUGGCAUCCGACUUCACUAACCACCCGCAGGCUCAGCAACCACCUGGUGGUGUACUUCCCGCCACAUGUAGAGGUGUCUGGCUACAAUGGAGACUGGUCCAUCGGUCUGGAGAAUGCUGCCCUGAGGUGCACAAGUGGAGGAAACCCCAAACCACAGAGUUUCACCUGGAUCAGAAUCGGUAGAGAGUUGCCCGAAGGCGUGAUCCCCCAUCCUAAUGGAACACUCAUUUUCGGGCGACCCCUAAGCUUGUCUGACAUGGGCACCUACCAGUGUGUGGCAAAGAAUGAAGUGGGAGUGGGGAAGGCUGAGGUGGAAAUCGCUGUGGCAGAAGCUCGCGGGGAGCCGGAUAUGCCUGAAAACAUGCUGAUGCUCAUCGUGGGGGGUGUGGCCGGCGGGCUGCUGAUGUUGAUGCUCAUCAUCGUCAUCACGGUCACGUGCCGCCACAAAAGCAAGAACAGAAAACUGGAGAGGGAGCUGAGGGAGAAGAAGGAAGAAAUUUGCACUCUCUCCAGACAAGCCUCUUUCAGGAGAAUGAACUCCAUCAGCACAGAUACCAGAGGAGCGACAGAGGAAAACAUCCCGCUGAGGGUGGAGGGAACCCUAAGGACCAGCCUGUCUUCCCUCGGGGAGCAGGCACACUACCGCGACAGUCGAUCUACUAUCUCAGGUGGGCGGGGGGGAGGAGGAGGAGGAGGAGGAGGAGGGGGAGCGUUUGACUACUUGGGCAGACCCGUCCUGCACAACAACACACGGAGGGGCAGGGACAGGCUUCUGGACAGAGACGAAGAGAACCGGCUCAGAGUGGAGACAUAUGUGAGAAACAGCACUAUAUCUUUGCAGGAAACUCGUUUCCACCCUCCUCUUACGCCAACAGCAUUCCCCAUGGUGCAGUCCACUGAGAUUGUGAGACAGCUCAACGGCAGUAACGUUAUCCCGACUGACGGGGGUUCGCGGCCAGGAAGCGUCAGCAGACAUCACCAGCACCCUCCUCGGAGCUGCAGCUACCCGCCAGAUGAUGAGGACGAGGUGGAUGAAGGUUUGGGGGGUCCUGCCAGCCAGGAGCAUCCCGACGACCAAGACAGCGAGACCAACAGUUCCCAGGUCUCCGAGGUUCACAGUGCCCACUAUCAGCUAACUAAUGGCACGUUGAGACCCAAACCCCGACCGAGCCCCGCUGUGAUCAGUCCCCAUGCCUCCCUGAUCCACAAGGCUCAGAUUGUUUAGCAUGCUGCUGGAAAAAUAACACAUGAGACUGCAGAGCUAACAAGCUGAGGAUACACAAGCAACGGUUGGUCAUCACCCAGAAAACCAGUUUAUGUUCAAUUAUGAAAAACCUGCACAUUGACUAUGAUGCAGCAUCUUCUCUAUUGUGAGGGAUAAGGGUGCAAUAGAACAAAGUCCUUAAUGGAAAAAUCUACACCAAAGCAUCUACUAUAUUUUUCUGGAUUUUCCAAUAUCUGCCGGAUGUUUGUUGAUCUGCAGUGUGUCAUUUGUUCCCCCACAUAACUGGUACAACGGCACGGUCUUAAUAUUUCCAGUUAAAUGGACUGCAUUUACAGUGUCUCGACCUCUUUAGUGCCACAGGUCACAUUCACCUAUAUUUAUAAAACUCUUGUGCUGCAUGUUCAGACACACACCUAUGGUACAUGCGGGGGCAAUUUCCGGUUCAGUAAUGAGUCUUGCCCAAGGACAUUUUGACAGGGAGGAGUGGAGGAGCCAAGGGUUAAACCACCGACCCUCCGGUCAGUGGCCCCGCUGUACCUCCUGAGCCACAGCUGUUCCUCUAAAUGGGAAAUCCAUAAAUGCAGGAGAAUGCUGUGGGUUUGUUUGUACAUCAGACAAUUAAAUUGUAACACUGAAUGUGGAUUUUUGCUUUUAGUGGUAUUCAGUACCUGUGCCUGUGUUAAGUUCCCUUACUUAAGGAUUGGAUCCAACCCAUGGGGUUGUAACUCUCUCUUGCCACUACUGCAACAUGCAUACUUGUGCCAUAAUGUAUUACUGUCCAUGUGCCUUCGCCUUCAGCAGGGACACAGUUUGGAUCAGGAAAAGACGUCACACUACAGAGACAUUAAUGUGUCUUAUACAUCUAUAAAUCUGCACAAAAGUGCAACAUUUUUUCUUAAUUCUAACCUUUUCGAAAUAUUUUGUUGUAUGAAACUUAUUUCAAGGACAAUCUUUAACAAUACACAUUCAAUUUAUAUAUUAACGCAUUUAAUACAUGCAUAUCUAUCCUCUAGUUCCACACACAUACACAUAAAGUAGAUACAUAAGCAAUCUACCCUGCUGCUGUGUUGCAAGGGUAAAAGCCAAAAUACUUUUUUACAUUCACACAAAGUAAAUUGAACAUAUAUUGCAUAUAUGUGAUGUAUGCACACACAUACUGUACAAAGGGGAUGAAAGCUGGAAAACCUGUGAAAUAUUUGUAAAAUACAUUGUAAUUUUUUUUACAUGUUGCUGAAUAGCUUGAAAUGACUACUUUUAUGAUGUGGACUAACUAAAGGACCCAAGAGAUAAUGUAAGUCAUCUCGACUGUGGACAUACUGUACAGUAUCUGUGCUUUGCAAAGUUUCCCUUGGCUGCUGGAGGUUUUCAACAUCCAAGACAGGAUGAUGUUUCUCCAAGAGGAAUUUGACAUGAACUGUUACAAAUUUUUAAUAAUGUAAAACCAAGCCUGUGUUGUACUACUUUUAUAAGUGUGUAAGUGUGUGUGUGUGUGUGUGUGUGUGUGUGUGUGUGUGUGUGUAUGUGUGAGUUUGUGAAUUCUGAAUAUUAUGUUGUGGGUUUCUGUUACAGCCCUGAUAUGGGAGGCAAUGUGCCGAAAGGGAAAAUAUCAAAUAAAACAAAUCACUUUUGUUUGUUUUUUGUUUUUUUAAGCAACAAUUAAGUUUUACUAUGAGCUUUGUAAGUAUUGUGUUAUGUUAUCUUCUGUAAAUUAAAUUUUCUCCAGGGAAAAUAUAAUAUGA